AUGCCCCCUUGGGGAAGACCACCGGGGCGACGGCGGCCAGAGCUCGAUAUGUACCCGACCAAUGCCUGGCCGCCUGCUGCCUUCUCCCGGUUCCAGGAGCUGGGCAGUGACGACGAACAGGGUGUGGUGUUGAACCCCAAACGCAAGAGCAAGUUUGUUUCGGAUGAGUUAUUUUUCAAUGAUUUUGGGUCGCGGUUCCCGGUGGAUAUUAGAAGUCAGGAUGAGGAUCUGGCGUACGGUGAUUAUCAUGGUUAUUCGUUGGAGCCGGAGGAGUACGAUGAUUUGGUGGGCGGAAUUAGAGCGGACGAUGAGGUGAUGGUUCAUCGCAUCAUGGAAAAGAGUUCGAGGGCCAAAGCAAAAGGGAGGGCCAAUAUCAGUCUGUCGACCGAGGAAAUCGAUGCUCUCGAGCGCUGGAAUCGGCCACGACGAAGAAAAUCCUCGUCUCCUGAGCUACCAUCCAACAGCAAGCGGAGCCUCAAUGGAAGCCCCGGCAAUAGCGUUCGUUCACGGAAGAAAUCUCAAAAAUCCACUUCCUCGCAACAGAGCUCCAAGUCCAAACGAUCCAAAUCUAGCCGCCACGAAGACGACAAUCUCAUCGACCCUCCGUACCCCUCCUCCGCCCGGCCACCCUCUUACCACAUCCCCGUCGCUGGCGUCCAACCACCCAUAAGUUACUACAACCCUAGCUCCUCCAACCGCCGCUCCGCAUCGUCUCCCACCCGACCUCGCUCCCGCUCCGACUCCCGGUCCAUCUCCUCCACCCCCUCCCGCUCACGCGACACUCCACCUUCCAACACCCGCUACCCUCCCCCCUCGGACUACCUCCGCCCCUCCUCCUCCCACUCCCCGAUCCCCGACCACCCUGACGACCACUACGGUCGUUCCCGCGCCUCCUCCGCCGUCAUGCCUGGCUACCCGCACGGCGUCCCUCUUGACCCCUUCGCCUACCAGAUCGCCUCGUCGCCUGCAGCGCCACCGGGCGGUCCGCCCCCUGGCUACCCUCCCGGCCGGCGCAUCGCGUCCGGGCCGCCCGACGUCGCGUACUCGAAUGUGAUGCGCCGCGUCCCGGUCCCGAACGCGACUGCGGCCGCGGCGAGGGGGCCGGUGAGCGCGUCGGAUUCGGCGGGAGGGAGUCGGGCGGGGUGGAGGGAGAGGAGGAGCGAGUUGGGAAGGGAGAUGGGGGAGGAGAGUGAGGAGACGAGUAGUGAGGACGACGAUGAGGAUCAGGGGGUGCAGGUGGAUGUGCAGCGGAUGAAUGGUAGUGGGAGUUAUGAGGCGCGGACAACAAAGGGGAACAAUGGAUGGCAGCGGAGAAGACGUUGA